AUGAUCGAUGGGUACGUUUUCUCGUCUGUGUGGUCACCAAUUUUGAUAAUGACUGACUUGGCUGGAUUAACCAGGGACGAGGUGGCAUCUCAGAGCAUAUCAAACAUUCGCAGCUUGGUGUUGGAUGAAGAUCAACGAGAUGUACUGGUGUACCAACAUGAAGUAGAGUACCCAGAUUACAUCGAUCCUAUUUGUUUGCAAAGUAUAACACUUUACUUUAUAGAUCACGUUUCGACUGAUUAUGGCUUGAAUAUUUUGUUCGAAGUGAUUGAAAAUGAAAAUAAUUGUAUUAGUACACUCCGGGGACUCAUGGAAAACUAUAUGUUUAAGUUUAAGUUGGAGCAACCAGAGUCUACCAAAGAAAAUGAUAACAAGAAGUGUAUAUUCAAUGAUGAGGAAAUUGAAAUAAUAAAUUAUGGCUUAAAUAUUUUGUUCGAAGUGAUUGAAAAUGAAAAUAAUUAUAUUAGUAGUAUUAGUAGUAGUAGUAGUGGUAGUAGUAGUAGUAGUAUUAGUAAUAGUAAUAGUUCAGUUUCUAAAAUAAAUACAUACCACGUUAAUAGUGUUAAAUUCAAGUGUGAGCAUUGUUUAUAUUCUUAUAAAUCUAUUUGUAGAAGUAAGAAGUUACUAAGAACUCUUGACUGUAAUACUACAGAAAGAGAUGAUGAAUAUUUGGAUAAGGUAUUCGAAUUGGAGUUGUGCUUUGAUGGUGAUAUAUGUAGUCGAAAUAUCAAUCGCCAAAUGGAAAUCAACAAACAUCAGAUUGGAAAUCAACAACAUUAA